GGAAAUGGUGGUUUCUAUGGUAACCCCUGAGCGGGUUGCCUGGGAGAUGACCCCUUUUGGUCUCUUUGAAUCUUAGCUGUAGCAUUACCUUGAAGGAGGAUCGAACAUCCUGGGCUGUCUCCUGCCAUGAUUCCCGGGAAAUACCGCUCCGUUUCUGGCCGGGCUGCAAACAACGUGAACUGUGGACUUCAUCUGGUUAUUCAAACGUCGUCACUUUCUGACAAAAACAAAGUCGAAUUCAAGCUUAAUAGAGAAGCCCCAUCAUUUCCUGGUAGACUUUUACAGCAUGACCUGGAGAGAAACUACUCGAGUAGGCAAGGAGAUGGAAGAGUAAUAAGUCCUUCGCCUCGUAAUAAGUCAUCAUGCAUCUCAUCCACAACUAACGUGACAGAACUCUGUGGGCUGGACAUGAGAACUGCCACAACCUCCUUGUCAGCAUUUGGAGACUCUUCCAUUCAGACACCUUCAAAGCCCAGAAUCCGGCAGGGCUGUCAUAGUGCUGGCCCCAAUGUAUCUGGUGAUCACAUUAAUCUGGUGAGCUCAUCAAUGCCAUCAUUCCCUAUUCUCCAGCGUUCUUCUGAAGAGAAAACUCUGUACUCAGACAGGCUGACCCUAGAAAGACAAAAGUUGACUGUGUGCCCUAUCAUCGACGGGGAAGAGCAUCUUCGUUUGUUGAACUUUCAGCACAAUUUUAUAACUCGGAUCCAAAAUAUUUCUAAUCUACAGAGAUUAAUCUUCUUGGACUUAUAUGAUAACCAGAUUGAAGAAAUUAGUGGGCUUUCCACUCUGAAGUCCCUUCGUGUUCUCCUAUUAGGGAAAAACAGAAUCAAGAAAAUCUCAAAUCUGGAGAAUCUAAAAAAUUUAGAUGUCUUGGACCUUCAUGGGAAUCAGAUUACCAAAAUUGAAAAUGUGAAUCAUUUGUGUGACUUGAGAGUUUUAAACCUUGCCAGGAACCUCUUGAGUCACGUUGACAAUCUCAACGGUCUGGAUUCACUCACGGAACUGAACCUUCGACACAACCAGAUCACCUUUGUGAGAGAUGUGGAUAAUUUGCCCUGCCUCCAACGCCUCUUCCUCAGCUUCAACAAUAUAACUAGCUUUGAAAGUGUUUCCUGCCUUGCCGAGUCAACUUCCCUCUCGGACAUCACCUUUGAUGGCAACCCAAUAGCUCAAGAGUCAUGGUACAAACACACGGUCCUUCAGAAUAUGAUGCAGCUGCGUCAGCUAGACAUGAAGAGAAUCACGGAAGAAGAAAGACGCGUGGCAUCUGUUGUGGCCAAAAAAGAGGAGGAGAAGAAGAGGGAGAGUCACAAGCAGUCCUUGCUGAAGGAGAAGAAGAGGUUAACAAUUAACAAUGUCGCUCGAAAGUGGGACUUGCAGCAACGAGUUGCCAAUAUUGCCAACACUCAGGACAGAAAGGACUCUGAGUCUCCUGCUCAGGACUCCUGUCAGAUCGAUGGAAGCACCGUCUCUGCGUUUCCAGAGGAAGCAGGGUCUCUAGAUGGAGGUCUCAGCAGUGCGUUACAAGGCUUGUCUGUCACAGAAACACACUUGGUGGAGAUAGAUGGAGAAACCCUUUCGCUGUACGGCUCAGGGGCGCUGGAAUGCCUGGAUCGUAACUGGAGUGUUCAAACAGCUGGCAUGGUCACCACCGUCUCAUUCACGUUCAUCGAGUUUGAUGAAAUUGUUCAAGUACUUCCCAAACUGAAGAUGAAGUUUCCAAAUUCUCUGCAGUUCAACGCCCUCGCACAGCUUCGUCGGGUCGACCAGUUGACAAUCGAUCCUCAGGGAAACCCAGUGGUCAACUUUACACUCUGGAAAUACUACGUACUGUUUAGGCUCAGCCACUUCAGCAUGCAGAAAAUAAACGGAACAGAGGUGACACAAAAUGACAUGAUAAUGGCUGAGAGGCUCUUUGGAAUCCUAGCACAUGUAGCAUCCUCCGAGCUGCCUCAGUACCGCAUGAUUUCAAUUCUGGGUGAUGCCAGGAAGAAGCAGUUCCGAUAUCUCCUGGAAAGCAAAGGUAAAAAGCCUGGCAUCAUCUGUGAGGAGACGAGUGACAGCAAGAGGUUCUUGGGGGAGAACACGAACCGCGCUACCCUGAAUUACACCACCCGAGAAUUCUACCACGAGAAGCUGGAGGAAAUAAAGGACAAGAAGAAGUUCUGCAGGUUGUAUGUAGAAGACCUGGUGAAGGAAGCCACAGCCAUCAACAUGAAGAACGAGGCCCUGCAGAAGCUGUGGCCUCAGAUGUUCAUCGAGCUUGUCAGGGAUGCCGUCAUAGAGGUCCGCAGCAAGGACUCCUACAUGAAGCUCUGCCUGCAGCAGGUCACCGACCAGAAAUAGGGACAGCUCCUACUUCAGACUUGAGCAACCGGAGCUUGUUUAAAGUUUGGCGAGAUGCAGGUUAGACACGAUGAGACACCACCACCACCGCACAGUCUAGUCUAGAAAGGGUGGCAUCCAAGCCCCGCCCCCUGCGCUGUGGAGAAAGGAGGGAGGCAGGAGAGAGGGGGACUCUUUUCCAUGCAUGCUGACCACACAACCUUGGGAAACCAAGCAGCGGUUGGAGGAGGCCUGGCUGCUGGGUCAGAAAUGCUUCUUCAGCUCCCGCUCUGACUGGUGUGCUUGCCCCAGUCCCAAGCACGCUGUGUGCUGAUGGGCCAGCAUGAGAUGUCCCGAGCACACUCACACUGUGUGCUGAUGGGCUAGCAUGAGAUGCCUCUACCAACCUCCAGCUGAGACUUUCUCUUUUUUUGCCUUUUUAUUUUAUGUCAUGAUUUCAAAGCCAAGCAUAUGUUCUUUUUUAUGAGUGAAGAAUAAAUACAUUAGUAAA